AUGGCAACUGUGAACUUCAAGAAUUCUUUCAUGGUUAAGCCAGCUGAACCAACUUGGACUGGCCCUUUACCCCUCUCAGAAUGGGAUCAAAUUGGCACCAUAACUCACGUUCCCACCAUCUACUUCUAUCAAAACUCCCCAGAACUCGAUUCAAACUCCAUUAUCAAUACUUUGAAAGAUUCACUCAGCCGUGCUUUAGUCCCGUUCUACCCUCUUGCAGGCCGUUUGCGUUGGAUAGGCAAUGGUCGUCUAGAGCUCGACUGCAAUGCGGAAGGUGUUCGGUUCAUUGAGGCUGAGUCUCAAGCUAAACUUGAAUCUUUAGGUGAUUUCUCGCCUUCCCCGGAGUAUGAAUAUCUUGUUCCUUCUGUUGAUUAUAGCAUCCCGAUUCAAGAAAUCCCGCCGUUGCUUGUGCAAGUUACAAGGUUUCAAUGUGGUGGGAUUAGUCUCAGUUUCACUAUUUCUCAUGCUGUUGUGGAUGGCCCGAGCGCGCUUCAUUUCAUAUCCGAGUGGGCGAGAAUCGCCCGUGGUGAGCCUUUAAGUAUGGCACCGUUUCUUGACCGAAGAGUCAUGAGAGCCGGAGAGCCUCCGGUUGAUUCUCUUCCAGUGUCUGGUCAUGAUCAUGAAGAAUUUAACCAUCCGCCGCUCCUGCUCGGGCAAUCAAACAACUUGGAAGAGCGCAAAAAGAAGACCACCGUAGCCAUGUUGAAGCUGAGCAAAUCUCAAGUGGAGAAGCUGAAAAACAUGGCUAAUGAAGGCAAAAACGGCAGCGGCACUCGCCCGUUUAGCCGGUACGAGACAGUGACAGCACAUGUAUGGCGUUGUGCGUGCAAGGCGCGAGGGCACAUGCCUCAGCAGUCCACUGCAUUAGGUAUAUGUGUCGAUUCACGUAGCCGCAUUCAGCCACCACUGCCACUUGGCUUCUUUGGGAAUGCCACCCUUGAUGUCAUCGCCGUCAGCUGCGCCGGUGAGCUCGUUUCGAAGCCAUUAGGAUUUGCAGCGAGCAAAAUAAGGGUAGCGAUAAUGACAGUGACUAGUGAGUUUGUGAAGUCAGGGAUUGAGUUCUUGAAGAAUCAACCAGACUUGACAAAGUUUCAAGAUCUUCAUGCAUUGGGGGGCACUGAAGGUCCUUUUUAUGGAAACCCUAAUCUUGGGGUGGUGAGCUGGUUGACGCUGCCGAUGUACGGCAUUGAUUUCGGGUGGGGGAAGGAGGUUUAUAUGGGGCCUGGGAGUCAUGAUUUUGAUGGGGAUUCAUUGAUUUUGCCAAAUCCUAAAGAAGAUGGAGGGUUGAUUCUUGCAUUGUGUUUGCAAGUUGGGCAUGUGGAAGCUUUCAAGAAGUAUUUCUAUGAAGAUAUCAUGUAG